UGUGAAAGUGUAUGCCGUCUUGGUAAGAAGUGUAUUGGGUCUAACUGAAUUCGCUGUUCCCGUAUUCAGUGACCGAAUGCGGGGGAAUUAACAGUAUUUCUUUAGCGUGCAACAAAAAAAGUGUUCAGCAAUAAUGUGCAUUCGUUCAGUACUUUGCGUGGUUAUAGUGAUCACGACAACAUGUUUUGUUAAUUGUGGAGAAUUGAUAUCAGGCGUUGACGUAGUAAACUUAAAUAGUACCAAAAAUGAUGUACCAAAUAAUACACAAAAUGGAGCAAAUAGUACGGCAAUCGCAGACGAUAAAAAUUUUUGGGAAUGGCUGACUGGUUUUAUAUCUGCUGGGAAUCCUGUAACCACUACUGAACCUUCAACACCAGUGAAACCACACUCAUGUUUACCCUGCAAAUGUGGAUUAGCGAACACGCAGAGACGAAUAGUAGGCGGUGUUGAAACCCAGGUUAAUCAAUAUCCUUGGAUGGCAUUGAUGACGUUUAGAGGACGAUUCUAUUGUGGUGCAUCAGUUAUAAGUUCUCGCUAUGUAUUAACUGCAGCUCAUUGUGUUGACAGAUUUGAUCCAAAUCUCAUGACCAUUCAAAUAUUGGAACAUGAUCGUAAUUCUACAACGGAGUCUGAAACACAAGUAUUUAAAGUUGAUAAAGUGAUCAAGCACAUUGGCUACUCAACGUUUAACUAUAACAACGAUAUCGCAUUGGUCAAAUUGAAAGGUAUUAUUCGAUUUGAAGGAAAAAUGAGGCCUGUUUGUCUUCCAGAACGAGCGAAAACCUUCGCUGGUACGGAUGGUAUAGUAACAGGAUGGGGUGCAAUUGAGGAAUCUGGUCCUAUAUCGCAAACUUUACAAGAAGUCGUAGUUCCAAUUCUCACAAACGCUGAGUGUCGUGCAACCAAAUACCCAGCACGAAGAAUAACAGAUAAUAUGCUUUGUGCUGGUUAUAAAGAGGGACAAAAAGAUUCGUGUCAGGGAGACAGUGGCGGCCCUCUACAUGUUGUCAUCAACAACAUACAUAGCAUAGUUGGAGUUGUAUCGUGGGGCGAAGGAUGCGCGAAACCCGGCUACCCUGGUGUUUACAGCAGAGUGAAUCGUUACAUCACGUGGAUAGAACAGAACACUGAGGACGCGUGUUAUUGUUAAUUAAAUUUAAAUGAGAAUGACAAAUCAUUUUAAAACAGAGCUCGGCAAGAUUUGCACUUUUCAGCCGAUUUUCAGCUGGCUCCGCCUACCGCUAUUCUCCUUGUCGCGACGUUCAACGCGCAGCCUACGAACCGUUCGACGCUCAGGAGCGUAUUACUCGUAAACAUAUGCUGGCAAACCACUUAAAAAAAAACGCAUCGACAAUAGUGAGCUCGCGGGUGAGGUGGAAAGCUAUUACCAGCAUACGUUUACGAGUGAUACGCUCCUGAGCCUCGAACGGUUCGUAGGCUGCGCGUUGAACGUCGCGGCAAGGGGAAUAGCGGUAGGCGAAGCUAGCUGAAAAUCGGCUGAAAAGUGCAAAUCUUGCCGAGCUCUGUAUUAAAAGAUUAAAAUACUCGAUGACCAAGACAUUGUAUUUUGUACACUACCGAGCACGGUAGGCUUUUAUAAGAAAAAUGACGAUAUGGAGGUAAAUAAAACACUAGCACCAGGUAAAUAAAACACUUGUCCGGGGCCUUGCGCUUAAAUACUUCACAUGUAGCAAAACUUAAUAGAAUGAAGUAUCACUAUUCGAAUUUUUAUUUACAAUUGAAAUGCGAAAUGUUAUGAACAUACAGUUUUUUGAAACAUAGGGAUUUUGUAAAUGACAGAAUUUCUAUAAUUAUACGGUAAUAGUUUAUUUGUUAGCUAAGAAUUUUCAUGUUUAAAAACUAGUUCACUUUAUACUAAAUUUAUCAUCAAAUUUUAUAAUAAAUGACAAAUAUAAAAUGCGUAUAUUAUAUUAUAGUUUUAUUAUUAAGAAUAACUUUUGGAAAUAUCUGUUUCUAAUUAAAUGUUUUCAAUGAUGUCGACCUUUUGUCGCUCUGUAAUCUCUAAAGAUAGUUUCAGUACCAUCAUUUAAUACAGAGAUAUCCAAGGAAGCUCUUAAUUUCCUCUACUCCAUACAUUUUCCCCUGAAAUGGACUGUGACAGACGAAGAUAGACUAUGCCAUACUUUGUCUAUUACCAACUAUUUGCGGAGAAACGACACUUAGUGGUAAAGAUCCAUUGCGCCCGUGGACAUCAGUACAAUAAUAAACAAUUACCACGAAUUAUGAAUAAAUAUCUCCAUUUGCGUAGAGGCUAGGGUGGACCUGGGCCCCUAAAAGUCUGGACUGGUUGCUUUUUAAAAAUGUGGACUUUUACCAUACUAACGUUUUAAGAUUCCAAAAUUAACAAAUUUCAGAUCUUGAAAAUUACAAAUCUAAGACUAAAAUUCUAAAAUUUCAAACUAUCAGAAUUCCAGAAAUUCAAAAUUACAAACCUGGGAUUUAAAAAUUCUAAAAUUCCAAAAUGACAAAUUUGAAACUUAAAAAUUUCAAAAUUCUAAUAUCCUAAAACCUCAGACUUUCUAAAUUCCAAAAUUCCAAAAUUCCAAAAUUGAAAUUUAAGAAUUUCUAAUGGAAUUGGCCCGUUCUAGAAAAAGGACCAAGUUACGCCAAUGAAUAUCUGAGUAUCCAAUGACUUGAAUAAGCGCUUGAAUAAUUAAAUAGAAUAAUAAUAAGAAGAAGAAGAACGAUGAUUCUCAAAAUUCUAAUUUUGAAGAUAUUAAUAUUAAAAUUAUUUUAAAAAAUAUUGAUAUAACUUUCAAUUAUUAAUGCAUAAUUAAGAAAUAUUAAUAGUGAAAUCAAUUUUGCUGAACCUAUCGUGCUCGAUACUGUACAUACAUACUAUAUAUCGUUACCAUUUAUAAAUUGAUCACUGUAGAAAUACAUUUUCUAAAUUUUAAAUGUUAAUUUCUAACAUAGCUGAAUUUUUUCUACGAAUACAGAAUUUUCAUAGAUUUACAUGUAAGUAGAAAUGAAGAUGGCAAAGUAUGACACAAAAAAUUCGUAUUCAAUUUAAUGACAGUUUGUUAUGUGUUUAUCUAUUUAUUGUAUUUAAAUUUGUAACCAAUCUAUCAAAAUUAAAAGUAACUUGUUUGUAUGCUUUACAACUUCCUGCCUUAUUUAUGUACACAAAUACAUGACAAAGCGAAUAGUAUUUAAGGCACGUAUCUCGCAUCUUACGAGGCUUGUAUCAUUAAAUAUGUGAAAAAGAAAGUUACCAAACUUUCGCUGCUUGUUCCGAUACAGAAUUUCACUGAAAACUCACGUACAAACAUUUUUAUAGCAUUACUUGCAGAAGACUCUGAUUUUUAUAUUUAAAGAAGUCAAGUACUUUAUAUGCGUAAUCAU